AUGGCUCUGAAGUCUCGUGCGAGAGGCAGUAUCUCGAUUCCAUCACUUUCUUCCGCGUCGCAUACUGCAAAACAGGUCCUGGUCUUCCUCGCCCCGACUCCUAUUCAGAAUCUCCUUUACCCAUCAGCCAAAUCUACAUCUGAUAUCGCCACUCGUCCAAAGCCAACAGCAUGGCUAGAUGGGAUGCGUGGUAUUGCAGCAUUGAUGGUUUGCUUCUACCAUCUGUCAUAUUCGACACACGAUGUUUAUACGGGCUGGAGCGAAGGCCACCAUGAGUUUCUACGUCUGCCAUUCAUCAAGGGCCUGUACAACGGGUCUGCAAUGGUUGCCAUCUUCUUCGUUUUGUCUGGAUACGCUCUCUCCUACAAACCUGUCAAGCAGAUGCGCAAUGGAGAGUACGAGGCAUUGUUCUCUGGGUUGUCCUCGUCUGUCUUUCGCAGAGUGAUUCGACUGUAUUUGCCUUGUGUUGCCUCGACUUUCAUGAUUGUGGUUUUCUUGCGUCUGGGAUUCUAUAGUCGUACGAGGGAGCUUGCGACUGAUCCUAAACGCUUGCCUGGUGUUCGUGAGCAUCAUCCCUGGCGCUAUGACACCAUAACAGAGCAACUCUGGAUCUGGAUGAGGAGCUUCUGGGGCUUUAUGAAUCCCUUCUCGGCGGCGGGAAUUGGCAAAGGUAUCUAUAUGGAUGGCCAUCUGUGGACUAUACCUGUUGAAUACAAAGCAUCUAUCAUUUUGUAUGUGACACAUCUUGGACUUUCUCGCCUACGACCUGUUCUUCGAAUGCUGAGCCUCAUGUGCUUGCUUAUUUGGGCGCAUCGUGUGGAUUACUGGACAAUGCUCCUGUUCUACGGCGGCUUUCUCAUGGCCGAGUUGGACAUCCGGCGCAGUGCUCCGAAGGCAUCUCACAAGACCGAUUCGAGCAACACGUCGAAAAUCCUCUGGUCUGCUCUCUACAUUACAGUCUUUUUGUGCGGCGUUUUCUUGGCUGGUCAACCUGAAAGAAACACGAAGAACACUGCUGUCUGGUCGACCAUAAUCCCCCUGACUCCUGCCUACAUUAUCGACAAGUGGAGAUAUUGGACAUCUUGGGGAGCACUCUUGAUUGUCUGGUCUACUUCUAACGAUCAUUUACUCCAGCGCAUCUUCACCAACAGCGUGUCGCAAUACCUCGGCAGGAUAUCUUUCUCCUUGUAUCUGGUACACGGCUCCAUCAUCCAUACUUUGGGGUACGGCUUGCUGCAGACCCUCUGGAGUGUCAUUGGCGAGGAUCGCAAGGAGACGUGCUUCAUUCUCAUGGCGGUUUGUGUUACUGUAGUGACUAUUUGGUGGGCUGACAUUUUUAUGAGGUUGGUGGAUAUACCUUCGGUGAAUUUCGCGAGGUGGUUGGAAGGAAAGUGUGCCGCCAGGCAGAAGUUAGAAAUCAAGGAGGAACCGGCAUGGCGAGAUGCCAGCGCACUUGUGUAG